UUCAUCAGUUAUUGUACAAUGUACAUCGCUUAUGCAAAUUCUAUGUUUGUUUUGCGAAAUAAAAAACAAAUGUUUUCGGUUCAAUACUGCGUAAUAUCAACUUGUUUGUUACUAUCAAGUUGUCAAAAGCAAAUUAUAGAUGUUGCAAAAUCUCAGGUGUGGGGACCUGGACUCAACCCUGACGAUAUUGUUUUGCCAGCAAGAUAUUUUUUUAUUCAUGCCAUCGACAGUAGUGGUAAAAAAAUGUCCAUGCCACAUACAAAUUUUCAAGUCAGCAUCGACGGCUAUUCCAAGGAUGGAAAAUGCAGAUCCAAUAUAAAUUAUAUUGACCGCGAAGAUGGAUCUAUUAUUGUUCGCUACACGAUUGUGGAUUGGUGCGAGCAAGUGGAAAUUAAUGUCAAACACAAUUCUUCGCACGUGGCACAGUCUCCGUAUUAUAUACAGAAUAAAGUAUAUUCAGAGCGAUGCUACUGUCCUCAGGACUUAGAUCUUUGGUUAUUGAAUAAUAGAUGUUCGGAUUUUUCAAAAGACAAACAGAUAUCUUGGGACUUACAUUUAUUUAAACGCGUAAACUUUAGCGCCAUUAGAGAGAAUUUAUUAAAACGGUAUAACGCUCCAGAAAGUAUUUCUUUAUGCCACUAUGUAGUCAAACAACAACAAAUUUGGAGAAAAUGUUUUGGUAAAUAUACUGGCUUUAAGAUGUUUAUGGACGCAACGUUAUCAGCGCUUGCACGUGUAGUUUUAUUACCUGAAAUGGAAUUUUAUUUAAAUCUUGGUGACUGGCCUCUAUCAAGAAAAGGUGGCCAACAAAGAACUUCAGGACCUUAUCCCAUAUUUUCUUGGUGUGGAAGUGACGAUAGUUAUGACAUUACGUUACCGACGUACGAUAUAACUGAGUCGACGUUGGAGAACAUGGGACGAGUUAUGUUGGAUAUGCUUUCAGUUCAGCAAACUGAUAUUCCAUGGGACAACAAAGAAGAGAAAGGGUUUUUUCGCGGUCGAGAUUCCAGGCGAGAAAGACUAAAAUUAAUCGAGUUAGGGAGGAAAUUUCCUGACUUGAUAAAUGCAUCCAUUACAAACUUUUUCUUUUUUCGCAAUGAAGAACAAAAAUAUGGUCCCAGAGUGCCUCAUAUAUCAUUUAUGGAGUUUUUCAGGUAUAAAUAUCAGCUAAAUAUUGAUGGAGCAGUGGCAGCAUAUCGGCUCCCCUACCUCCUUGCUGGUGGUUCUUUAGUGUUUAAACAAGAAUCGCACUACUAUGAGCAUUUUUAUAACAAACUGCUUCCAUACAAACAUUAUGUGCCAAUUAAGAGAGAUCUUAGCGAUAUCAUAGACAAAAUCAGAUGGGCAAAAGACAACGACAUACGUGCAAAGGAAAUCACUUUGGCUGCGCGGAAAUUUGUUGACGAAAACCUUCUACCUCAGCACAUUUAUUGUUAUCACAUGACAUUAUUUAAAGAAUGGAGCAAUCGCCUUAUAUCGCCAGUCAAAGUUCUGCCAGGAAUGGAAAAUCUAAGUUUAAGUUACUCAUGUUCAUGUACAAAAGGCCAGACUAGGGAUGAACUAUAAGCUGAGCAUUUUUUAGGAUGUUGUCCCAAGAUUAAAUUAUAGUUUAAGUUAACACAAACAUAAACUCCCGUCAAUUGUAGAUCAACAUUAUCAAAUAUUUUGUAGCCCAUAUAAAUAUCUAUCGGAGUUUAUUAUUACAAUUAUAAUUAUUACACUACUCGACAAAACUCUGAUUUCAGCUUACCGUAUGGGCAUAGUUUUAAAAUGCAAAAAUAAUGAUUUUUGUGCGGUAAUUAUCACUAUGCACGUUUAAAGCCGCAAAUCUUUCAAAAAAAAAGUUGUCUUGUUCGAAGCGGCGAGAUCGUGUCGGGUAGUGUUAUCAGAAUCAUUUUCAUUUACCGAAAACGCAAAAUAGAGAUAGCAACAGUAACUUUUUUACAUUAAUUUAGGCAUUAAAGAUUAUUGUUUAUUGCAUAAA